AGUGCCGAUCUUCGAUCUUCGUGAGGGGGUGGGGGUGGCAGGAGGAGACGAGGAUAAAAGCAGGGGACGGUGGAGGCAGGUCCCAUUGUAAGCCAUGGCACUGCUCUCCCUGCUGACUCUGCUGCUGUCAGUGACAGAUUCGGAAUCACAAGCCCAGCCUGCCUGUGGGCAGGCACCCCUCAGUCCCAGGAUCGCGGGGGGAGAGUCUGCCCAGCUGGGGUACUGGCCAUGGCAGGCCAGCCUGUUUCAGAGGUCCUACUCAUGUGGUGGAGCUCUGAUCAACAGCCAGUGGGUGCUGACUGCAGCGUUCUGCGUUAAAGGCCUUGAUGCGAGUCAGUUCACAGUGUACCUGGGCCGGCUGACACAGUCAAGCUCUAACCCUGACGAAGUGUCCAGGGGGGUCCAGCAGAUCAUCGCACACCCAGAGUAUAACUCUUUAUACCGUAACAACAACAUCGCCCUGUUGAAGCUGGACAGCCCCGUCUCCUUCACCAAGUACAUCCAGCCCGUCUGUCUGGCCGACAGCAACAGCUCCUUCAUCAAUGGGACCAGCUGCUGGGUCGCUGGCUGGGGAGAAACACUUAAUGAGGUGCCUCUAUCAGAGAACCGGACCCUACAGGAGGUCCAGGUCCCCAUCAUUGGAAACAAGCAGUGUGUGGAUAUUUUUGGGCAAAACUCCAUCAAUGACAACAUGAUCUGUGCUGGAGGGUUGCAGCAGACCAAAGGCCCCUGUCAGUUUGACUCAGGGAGUCCCCUGGUCUGCAAGCAGGGUCCUGUCUGGAUUCAGGCUGGUAUUGUUAGCUCUGGAAUUGCCUGUCAGAAACCCAAUCUCCCAGGGGUGUACACCAGGGUGUCCCAGUACCAGGACUGGAUUAAUGGACAUGUGGGCUCUGGAAUCACAGGCUUUGUGACCUUCACCUCCAGUGGCACAGAUGCUGGAAGCAGUUCAGCACAAGUCACCACUGCUUCCUCUACUACUACAGCACCAAUGUCCACUGCUACCUCUACUACUACAGCAACAGUGGCCACUCCUUCCUCUUCUAUUACAGCACCAGUGACCGCUUCUCCCUCUACUACUACAGCACCAGUGUCCACUACUUUAUCUACUACUACAGCACCAGUGACCACUCCUUCCUCUACUACUGCAGUCCCCACCCAAGUCUGCGGGAGGCCCAGACUCAACACGCGCCUCCUUGGGGGUCAGUCAGCUGCAGAUGGGUUCUGGCCCUGGAUGGCCAGCCUGCAGAGGAACGGGAGUCACGUGUGUGGAGGGACCCUCAUCGCCAGCGACUGGGUGAUGACAGCUGCACAGUGCUUACCCAGCUCUGUGAACACCAGUGAAUGGAGAGUGUUCCUGGGCAGGCAGAACCAGACGAGCUCCAACACCUUAGAGAAAUCCACUGGAGUCCUGAACGCUUUCACCAGCAGCCUUAGUGGCACCAACAUCGCCCUCCUGAGACUGGACACCAAUGUCUCCUUCACAGACUACAUCCUGAGCGUCUGCCUGGCAGGGGCAGGAAUCACAUUCACCCCUGGCACUCAGUGCUGGGUCACUGGCUGGGGCAACACAACUGCUGCGCUCCUCCAGGAAAAAAGUACAACAAUCGUCCAGUGUGACAACGGGUCUUCAGCUGACACCAUCUGUACUUCUCCUCUGGACCUGGAGCAGGGAAACUCAGGGGGUCCCCUGGUCUGCAAGUGGGCCUCCAUGUGGACUCAGGUCGGCGUCCUUGUCGUCGAAGACCCCACUGCCGUGACCAAAAGUGGCAACCGUGCGGUCCAGUUGAGUGCGUUCGUGAAGAUACUGCGGUUUGUAAAUUUCCUGCAGAAGAACGUGGGUUCCAGGCUGCCUCUUGUCUCCUCUAACACGGCGACGACGAGCAACAGCGCCACUUACACCCCCCUCCCCCACAGCGCCCUCCUCCUGGCUGUGCUCCACCCUCUGCUGACUGCCUGGACCUCUGCACUGUGACCCCCUGUGCAUUUAUAGGAGAACUGCAGUUCCAUUGUCCCAGACUGGUUAUUAAAUCGUGGUAACAAUAUACAUUUGUUGAUGGCAUAUAAAAAAAUGUACAGAUUUCGAAUUAUAUAAAAUAAGAUAUCGCUAACUAUCACUAACUAUGUGAAAGUAGUGCGCUUCGCCAUGUUCCCAUUUGAGUUCCCACGAAUUGUGACAUGAAGUGGCCCUUCCUGCUCACUAGUCACUGUGAUGACUGAUGUAAUGCGAUGUACAAGCGAAUGAGUCCAGGUUGUGUAGCAGACAUUUCACUGCAGAAAUGUUACCACGUGAUCUGCACGCCGAGUUAAGAAGUAGUAUUUGUCGGUAAAGCUGUCUUGAAGUCAAGAGCAAUAUUUCUAGUGGAUUAAAAGAGAAGGAUUCACAAGCCUGCUUGUUUACGGUGUCAUAGGGCCGCAACAUCACUUCGUUCUGAAUCGCAGAACAUGGCGCUGCUCACACCUGAAAAUGAAUUCUAUUUUGUGAUGUAAAUGGGCGGUUUCACAAGUUACCGUGUGCAUUUUGACUUUCGUUGCUGUUUGAAAUGCGCUCAGUGAUGCUAUUUCUUCCUAAACCCAACAUAUGUGUCCAGAUCCAAGAUCUAGAACUGCUGUCUUAUCUUCAAGAGCUGCAAGUCCCUGCAAGUGAGUACCAAACCCACUCUGCCUGAUACCACGGGCAUUCGAAGUCUUAUCGGCCCAGGGAUGAAAAGUCGGGGAAACUGGCCUAUCUCAGGCUAUGAGCCAUCCCCCACUCCUCCUCUGCUGAUCCAGCCUCUUCAGGGACUGACGAGCUCCAGAGCACCCUGAUCCACACUGGGCUCCCCCCCCCCAGAUUUCCACAACUAGGCGGUGCUUCCGAAUGUACAAGUCACACAGAUCAAGAACAGAGCCAGGAUCACUCAGGUCCCCACUGGGGAUAUAUUGUACUUUGCUGUCUCCAGUGGGCAGGUUCACGGGAGCAUGUACUGUAGUAGACCAGCUCAAGAAGGGGAGGUAAUUACAGCGACCUGCCACUAGAGGUUGCUUCAGCCUUCUAAUCUUGAUAGUCUCAUAAACUUUUGAUUAUUCUGUUUAGAUGGCAUCCGGGGUGCAGAUUGUUCUUGCACAUGAAUUACAUGGGUGUAGUAAAGUUUGGGUUUGGUAUAUAAAGGGUGUGCACGGUGCUAGUGGUGAUUGGGACUUUUUAAAGCCUUUCUCUGCUUGCUAUCUGGAAAAGGGCCUCUUGGACUUCAAGCCUCUUGCACUUCACCUUCCUUGGCCAUCAUGUGCUUUUGUGUGCAGACCCUUGGGGCAGUGUAGGGGCAGCCACAGAGAGCUUUCACAGAGGUUUAAGAAGCCUUUCCAAACUGGUCUUCAUCAGCAAGGUCUGUAAAAGUGUUUUUGUGUUUUGAAUGACGGAUAUACAAUUUCUGUGUACCUCCCGGACAGGAAGGAAUCUUAUCGAGCUUUUAUCUUGCAAUUUAAUUAUUGUAAUUGAAAUUGCAAGGGAUUUGAAUGUACAAAAAUAUAUUUUCAAUUGCUGUCAUAUGUUAUAUAUGGUUAGCAUAUUUUCCUGCAUUGUACAUUGUUUCAAAUAAAGUUAACAGGUGGGGCAGCACAGUGGCCCUGUUGGUGAGUGUUCUUGCCUUAUAGCUCUUGGGUUAGCAAAGCACAGCAGUAAGGCCAGAGUGAGCACAGGGGUGAGAUCAAGUGUUAUACAGCACACCAUAGCAGUAAGACUAGAGUGAGCACAGGGGUGAGAUCCAGUGUGAUACAGCACACCAUAGCAGUAAGACUAGAGUGAGCACAGGGGUGAGAUCCAGUGUGAUACAGCACUCCACAGCAGUAAGACCAGAG